CUAGGUGUCGUCCCGACAUGUCGGGCUCCACGGACUUCACCCUGUGGGGCCUCGCAGAAGAAGGGUCGGCAACCUAUAAGUUCGCGCUCCUGCCGCCGCAGCAUAAGCGGGCAUGCUUGACGCCUGUCAUGCUCUGCUCCAACAAUUCGGGCGAGGAGGCCUUUGUCACGACGAUAUUUGACGAGGAUGGCACCAACGAGCUCGACCAAGAGCGCGGGCGGCAGAGCGCAAGCGAGCGGCUGGGCGCAGCUCGGGUCUCACCCUCCCGCCAGGUCGUGUCCUCGACUGCAUCGUGGCCGGGCAAGAAGGGCGUGCGCGAGGAGCGCCGCUCCAACGACUCCGUCAUGGCGGCAGUGAUCGACUAGAUCGGCGCAUCAGGCAGAGCCCGCCCCGGACCAGGCCGAUGCGCUUUAGAUGAUCGCACGUGUCGGUGCACUGCGGUGCGUUUUGUGCAUUGUGGUUGGGCGCCGCGUUUGCUGUGCAGUUAGUCCCAAGAGGUCGGCCGCAGGAGCUAGCCUCGCGAUGUGACACCGUGUCUGAUGGCUCUCGUUGUUAGUUAGUGCCGUAUACUAGAGAG